CUCCAAACUUUUUUUCCUCCCUCUCUUCACAGAUCUCCCACCACCACCGCACCGUCACGGCGGAGCAAAGCGGCGCCAAGGGAGCGAAGGCGAUCGCGGCUCGCGGCCCGGCGGCUGCGGCGCGCAGCUGAUUGGCUAGGGGAUGGACGGCGGCGGGCUGGGCGGGCUCCGGUGGACCGCGGAGGAGGCGUCGACGAUCGGGGGCAUCGCGACGGUGUCGCUGCUGCACUCCUUCAUCCCCACGCACUGGCUCCCCUUCUCCAUCGUCGCCCGUGCGCAGCGAUGGCCGCUCUCCCGCACCCUCCUCGUCACUGCAUUUGGAGGUGUUCUUCAUGUUGUUUCUACGGCUCUUCUUGGGAUAACUGCAGUAACUAUGGCAAACACUAUAGCUGGCGAAGAAACAGUGCAUAAACUUGCCUCUCUGUUGCUAAUUUUUCUUGGAGGAAGUUAUAUCCUGUUGUUUGCAUUAGGAAAAGGUGGUCACAGCCAUGCUCAUAAUCAUCCAAUGGAAAAGAUGGCAGUUGCUGGUCUUGUACUUGUACCCGCACUAUCACCCUGCGCAACAACCCUUCCAGUUUUUCUUGCAGUUGGCAACUCUUCCUCAAUGAUGAUUCUUGCGAUCAUUGUACUCCUCUUCAGUACCAUCACAGUGAUGACAUCCCUGGUGGCCCUCUCGUUCUACGGUGCUAGCCAAAUCAAGUUUCACUGGGUGGAGCGCUACGACAAGAUCCUCGUUGGCACGGUGUUGUGCCUUGUCGGAGUAUUAACAUAUGUAUUCCAUCACCACGAUGGCGAUGAACACUCUCUCCAUGCACAUGUGCACAGGAAACUCGUGGCUCCAUAGAUGACUAGAUAGUGAAUGAAGUUCUGUUUGUUGAUGUGCCAAAAUUUCCUGUUGUUCCCCUAACCGUCCCGCGUGAAUGCUGUAUACGAUCUGAUUAUUAAUCCAUUUGAGUUCACUGCC